GUCUAGGUACACCGAGUAGAGCUUCUCAUCUCGAUCCGCACAACCAGCGUCACCCUGCAUACACCGUCUACCGUAUCAGUCGAUCAACACAAUCACGUCGAUAUCGGUGCGUGGGAUGUGCUCUGAACUGCCGUGGUGACCUCGUCCCCACCUCCGGUUCUGCGUGCCAUGUCUAUCGAAGCAAUGAUUGUCAUGAGCUCAUCGGACCUGCCUUACGCACGGUGGCACGUCCUCUAUCCGAUUCAUACCGCGCAACGUUAAGAAAGAGGGAUCUAGAGCGAUGAAGGGUCAGAGCCAAACCUCCUGAAAAUCCCUCUUCACACGUGAUGCUCAAGUCAUCCACGUGACCUUUUUGUCACGCCAUAGUAUGUACAUCACCUGUCGUGGAUAGAUGCAGUCUUGAUAUCGAGACCUUCUUGAGACACCAUAUUGUCACCUCAUCAAUGCGCCACCUGCACCAGGAUUUGUGGACUUUUCGAUUUUGGUGACCUGACAAAUUGAAAGUCAGUCGGUACCCAAGUGGUCUCCCAGACGCCGAUUCUAGUGAGACUCAACCAGAAACCCUCCUGUUGCGAGGUUCAAGCGGUCUGUUCCUCAAAUACGAGCGUUUGAAAAAUGUGGACUUUGGAUGCCAUAGGCUCGAAAUCUUAAACUUUGCCGGUUUCUACUCCCUGCCUUUAGCGACAAGUUUUCUGCACUGAGCAAGCAUCCCUUGUGUCCCUCUGUCAUCGGCUUACCUGCGAGGUCCACCCCGGAAUCGAGAGGUGGAACAUAUCGAAGACCGAAUUGCGCGUUUUCGAUUUGAAAGAAAACGGGCAAGUCUAGACGGGCACUGAGACUUGACCCCUUGAAGCCCUGACGCCUAUCGCGAUUCAUAACGCCUCAGACUGUGACAUUUCAGAAUUAUUGGUCUGUCCAUACUGCCGAACUCUGCCGAAUCUCUCGAUUGUAUGUGUCGGCAUAUCUCUGUCCAUUUCCUGACUAUGUACGCCUUUGCCUAAGUUGCCUACAGAUGCGGGUUUCAACACCACAGCUCCAUGAUUUCGAGUUAAUAGCAUACUCGGAUGUACAAGGAGACUAUUUGUUGGCUUCCAUUGAGAACACGUGUGUCGCAGACAUCAUUGCCUAACUUUUCAUGAUAUUUUCUGUCUUCUGGAUGUGCUAACAAGAGAUGGUCACGUGGAAGUGAAAGUAUUGACCUUCCUAAUUAGGCUGGAUCUUGCUGACCAUCAGAACUCUAAUUCGUCCUCAUUUGAUACCUGCCACCAUUUCUCCAGAUAAUAAUCAAGAUAUGUAUCUUGUGCUAUAGGCACAGGUUGAACGAAGCUUCAAUGAGAGAAAGGCUCCUAUACACGUGUACCGUUGCAAUUGUGAUUAGUGCGACAGUUCAAUACUCACGACUGGCGGUAGUGCUAUUCCGCUCGCGUGGCUGACUCAGGAAUAUAUAUUCAUCUUCCUACCCAGCUUGUAAAGGCUUGAAAUCUUGCAAAGCCACGAACCCCCCAGAAUGACACGUCGCAAAGCUUCCAGUCCCGGUGCCCCAGUCCAUGGGCUGAGGACCACAAAGCUACAAGCGAAUGAAUCUACGACGGAUUCUUCCAGCCUCGAAACAAUAUCUCGCGACUUGUUGGUCUCUCCUGUGCAAGCAGAACCUGCUUCCAUUGAGCACCCUGCUCAUGUCAUUCAUGCAGGGCUGUUGAUUCCAGGUCGCGGAGAGCCGAAACAAAGUGUUUCGGUGGUGAUACACGAUGGCAAAAUCUCAACCAUCACGCCAACGGAGUCGUUGCCCAAGACGUUCCAACAUCUGCCCUCAACGAGCGUUCCCGUCCUCAUGCCAGGGCUUUGGGACUGUCACACGCACCUCCUAGGCGCCACGUCGUUCAACUUCUCCCCUCUUCUGACCGCCACCCCCCCGGCUCUGGCAGGAGCUCGUCUGGCCCGAAAUGUACAUGACAUUCUGAUGAGUGGAUUUACGUCCAUUCGAGAUUUGGGAGGCUACGCUAUCGAAGUAGCAAAGGCAAUCGAAGAAGGGUCUCUCCCUGGACCGAACGUCUAUUCUGCUGGAGCUGCCAUCUCGCAAACCUCAGGCCAUGGCGACGUCUAUGACCUUCCUUCGGGUGUCGUGACGUCGUAUCUUGGAGUUCGAGACACCCAAGGCAAUGCCUUCAACCCUGGCUGCGGCCCGCUGAUACUUGCUGACGGAGUCGAUGAAUGCCGCAGGGCAGUGAGACUUCUCACGCGCAGAGGAGCCAAAUGCAUCAAGGUCUUUGCUUCGGGAGGGGUACUCAGCAUUGCUGACGACCCUCUGAGACAGCAAUUUUCUGACCAAGAGCUCUCAAUUAUUGUGGAAGAGGCCAAUCGGGCGGGCCGAGCUGUGGCAGCACACGUUCACGGCAAAGUGGGAAUUCUAGCAGCUCUCAGGGCGGGUUGCCACACAAUCGAGCACGGAACUUACAUGGACCAGGAGUGUGUGGACAUGAUCAAGGCCAAGGGCGCGGUGUAUGUAGCUACACGCACAAUAGUCAAGGUUGGGGUCGACCAUCCAGAGUUGAUGUCACCAGAAUCAUACAAGAAGAUGCUGGAGACGGCAAAGCAUCACAAGGCGGCAUAUCGAUUGGCCGUUAAGUCCAACGUCAAAAUUGCCCUCGGUACAGAUCUAGGGAUAUCCACACCGGUGUCCAACCCUUUGGCACUGGGCAAAAGCGGAGGGGAGUUGACCUAUGCAGUGGAAGACGGUGGUAUGACGCCCCUCCAGGCCAUUGAAGCGGCAACAGCGACGGCGCCCGAAGUACUGGGCGAUAUGGGCAUGGCGCCCAAAAGCGGGCAAGCUAAGGUGGGAUUCGAUGCAGACCUUAUUGCCUUGAGCUCCAAUCCUCUGGAUGAUAUGGGGCUCUUCAAGGACCCCAAGAACAUUACACAUGUCUGGAAAGGUGGUGUUUUAUUCAAAAGCCCUGGUCAACACCAUUGGUGAAUAAAAUGGCCAUGUACCGGAGGAUCACGUGAAUAGUCAGUUGAAGGGCCUCGAUACGGACUGGAGAGUCAAGCUGCACCUCUCGCAAGUAGGAAUAUAUGUAAUCAAUGUUGAUGCUGCGGCC